AUGUCCAAGACAGAGGAGCUCAAGGCCAAGCAGGCUCUGGGGGGCACCCUGGCGUCGGCGAGGCAGGAGGUGGAGGUGCUGAAGGAGCAGCUGGAGGAGGAGCAGGAGAGCAAGCUGGAGCUGCAGCGGCUGGUGUCCCGGCUCAACAGCGACGUCACGCACUGGAGGAGCAAGCAGGAGGCGGAGGCCCUCCAGCACGCCGACGAGCUGGAGGAGGCCCGGAAGAAGCUGGCCUCCAGGCUGCAGGAGGCCGAGGAGGCUGUGGAGGCCACCCAGGCCAAGUGCUCGUCCAUGGAGAAGACCAAGCAGAGGCUGCAGGGAGAGGUGGAGGAGCUCUGCAUGGACCUGGAGAAGGCAGGGGGCUGUGGCCAGGCCCUGGACAAGAAGCAGCGCGUGCUGGAGAAGCAGCUGGGCGACUGGAGGCAGCGCUGCGAGGAGCUGCUGGCCGAGGUGGAGAGCUGCCAGAAGGAGAGCCGGCAGCACGCCACCGAGCUUUUCAAGCUGAAGACGGCCCACGAGGAGGUGCUGGAGCAGGGAGAGGCGCUGCGCAGGGAGAACAAGGCCCACCAGGAGGAGAUCGCCGACCUCACAGACCAGCUCUCUGAUGGAGGGAAGAGUGUCCACGAGCUCCAGAAAGCCAAGAAGAAGAUUGAGAUGGAGAAGGACGAGCUGCAGGCCUCGCUGGAGGAGUCCGAGGCAGCGCUAGAGGUGGAGGAGACAAAGGUGUUACGUCUGCAGCUGGAGCUCUCCCAGGCUAAAUCAGAUCUGGAGCGCCGCCUGCAGGAGAAGGAGGAGGAGUUUGAGGCUGCCAGGAAGAGUCACCAGAGGGCGCUGGAGUCCCUGCAGGCCAGUCUGGACGUGGAGGUGAAGGGGCGCACCGAGGGCCUGAGGCUGAAGAAGAAGCAGGAGGCCGAGCUGAACGAGCUGGAGCUGCAGGUGGACCUGCUGACCAAGACCAACGCCGAGCUCAGCAAGAAUGCCAAGAAGAUGCAGCAGCAGAUCAAGGACCUGCAGGUUCAGUUGGAGGAGGAGGUGCACGGCCAGGAGGAGCAGAGGGAGGAGCUGUCCGCGCUGGAGCGCCGCUGCCUCCUGCUGGCCAGCGAGGGGGAGGAGAGGCGCGGGGCGCUGGAGAACGCCGAGCGAGCCCGCAAGGCCCUGGAGACGGAGCUGCAGGAGACCAACGACAAGUACAACGACCUCAACACCCAGUUCCAGUUUGCGCUGAGCGGCCGCAGGAAGCUGGAGGUGGACGUGCAGAGCGUCCAGCAGGAGCACGAGGAGGCCCUCAUCGAGCUGAGAGCCGCCAACGACCGAGUCAAGAAGGCCGGCUGUGAGAGUGCGCGGGUGUAUGAGGAGCUGCGUCUGGAGCAGGAACACGCCCAGCUCCUGGAGAGGGUGAAGAAGGGUCUGGAGGCCCAGGUGAAGGACAUGGGCGCCAGGCUGGACGAGGCCGAGCAGAUGGCCCUCAAAGGAGGCAAGAAGAUCAUCCAGAAGCUGGAGGGCAAGGUGAAGGAGCUGGAGCUGGAGCUGGACUCGGAACAGAAGCGCCACGCAGAGACGGUGAAAGGGCUGCGGAAGAACGAGCGGCGACUGAAGGAGCUGCUGUUCCAGUCGGAGGAGGACCAGAAGAACCAGCAGCGCAUGCAGGACCUGGUGGAGAGGCUGCAGAACAAGAUGAAGGCCUACAAGAGGCAGGUCGAGGAGGCGGAGGAGCAGGCCAACAUGAACCUGGCCAAGUACCGCAAGACAGUCCACGAGCUGGACGACGCGGAGGAGCGCGCGGACAUCGCCGAGUCGGCUCUCACCAAGAUCCGGACCAAGAACAGAGGCAGCUUCAGCAAGGGCUGCUCCUCGGGUUACAGCACGCCCUACCCCGGGGUGGUGAGGUCACCCAGCUCAGCGGGGUCGGAGGGCAGAGGUGAGAAGAUCCUCAACGACGACAGUGACUCCGUCAGCUCCCUCAUCCCAGCCUAUCUCAACUCCCUCAAGAAGCUCAUGAUAGAGUAGGAUGCUGACACAGACAUUCUACACACACACACACACACAAAUAUAUAUUAGAAACACAAACAUAAGUACAAACACACACACACACACUGUAUUAAAAACACAAACAUACACACAAAUAAAUACAAACAAACACACACAAAUAACCCACAACAAACUAAACACGCACAUCAUGACAUGAUGGCCAAGUCUAAAGGUGUGACUGUUACAGCUGACUUGUCACUAUGCAGUAUUGUUUCAUAGACCCUGGCCCGGUUAUAUCAGCUUCCACAGCAGUAUCUUGUAUUCCCACAGUUUUACACUUUCUAUAUCUGUUAGGUCCUGAUCCAGCAGAAUCAUGAGCUAGAGCUGAAAUAAGAAGGAAAGUUUUUCACCUAAAGAAAACCACUCAUUUGGGUCAUUAAGGUACUAAUUGCAAUAAAAAGGGCUCACAUAUUGUUUGUAAAAAACAUGUUUUUUUAACUAGGUUCUUCCACUAAAAUGUUUAAUUUGCACCCAUAUCCCUACAUCAAUAUUUUGUGCAAACUAGUUAGUUACCCUCUUCAUGAUUACCAAAUUAGAUUUCUAUCGUCGAACUAAAUGUUGAAAUGUUGAUUGUCAGACAAAUAAGUCCAUAUCCAGAGCAUUUUUAUUGUUGAAUGUGGAAAUAUGUUUUUGAGAAAUAAAACUUUUCAUCCUU